AUGGAAGAUAUUGAAAAUUCGGAACAAAAAGAAGAAAUCGAAAAUGAGAAUGAAAAUGAAGAUGAAAUUCAAAAAACAAACAAAACAGAUGAAGGACCUGGAAAAGAAUAUGAAAUAUAUUUGAAGGUUUGUAUUUUUUCUAAUUUCUGUUAAUUCACGGGUUUAUAUACUUUCAGAGCGAGGAUUUUGUUGACAAAUUGAAAUUAUUGCACUAUGAAAAAUCAUUUUUGAAAAUGGGAAUCGCUUAUAAACCAAUACAAAGGUUUGCCUUUUAUUUUAAAAUUAGUUUGCGAAAAAUACAGUACUCUAAUUUUUUAUGAAUGAAAACUCAUUUUUUAAAAUUUAAAUUCAAGGGACUAAUAAAUUGGGGAAUAAUUUUGCGAUCUUCUAAAGAUUUUGGGUUCAGAUUUAUUGAGUAAGACACCUGGGAUUAUUUUUGAGAAAAUGGGAACUUAUAAGUAAUCAGAGAAGCUCUGAAACAUAAAGACUACAGAAAAUGUUUUCCCAAAAUGUUUAAUUUCCAGACACUAUUUCGUAAAAUCUACAAAUGUUGGUGAACAAUUCUUUUUAUUUACUUCGAUUGCAGCUUGGCUUAUUAGAAAAUGUGGAGAUGAAAAUUACCCGAUGCCCCAAGAAUUCGAUGAUCCAAAUUCAACAAUUUCAAAUAUUGUGACGGCUGCAAAAUCAAAGGUAUUCAUUUAUUUUACCCGUUAA